GUAAUCAGCUGCUGAUGAGGCUGAUUAUAGGCGAGGGAGGAGGAGGAGCAGCUCCAGUCAUCUAUGCUCGGUGUGUGUGUGGAGUUUUCUCGUCAUAAUCAAACAUGAAGCUGUCAGUACUGUUUGUUGUGUUCUUACUCCUCUGUGUUCACCGGAGGAGCUCCGGGUCUCACCCCAAACCUUCCUGCCGUUAUCCUCCAUCUCAGUGGUGCCGGUCCCUGGAGAUAGCGAUAGAGUGCAGGGUUCAGAAGCAGUGUAUGGAGCUGAAUGCUAUCAGAGCAAACCAGUCUGUUCCUCCUGUAUCUGUCACUCUUUACUAUGAGAGUCUGUGUCCAGCCUGCAGAGCCUUCAUCAGCCAGCAGCUCUUCCCCACCUGGACCAUGCUGCAGGACAUCAUGACAGUCACUCUGGUCCCCUACGGGAACGCAAAGGAGCUUCCAUCAGGAAACUCUCCCUUCACUUGUCAGCACGGAGAGCCUGAAUGCAGAGGAAACCUGAUUGAGGCCUGUAUCAUCCAUUUGACGGGACACUCAGCAUUUCAGAUCAUCAACUGCAUGGAGUCGGCUGUAGAUGUUCUCAAUGCUGCCCAGCCUUGUCUCCAGCUCUAUACUCGCUCUGUCUCCUGGUCCACUGUUGAGUCCUGUGUGAAGGGAGACCUGGGAUACCAGCUGAUGCACGCCAACGCUGCCAUGACUAGAGCUCUAAACCCUGCCCACACACAUGUCCCCUGGGUCACCUUCAAUGGGGAAUACACAGACGAGAACGAGGACAAGGCGAUGUCGUCCCUUUUCCAUUUGGUCUGCCAACUCUACAAGGGUGUGAAGCCUCCAGCCUGCACUGGAGCUGCGGUCAGACUGAACAGAGGCUUCUGCUGAACAACUUUAAACUGUAUGCUACCUGCAGGAUAAGAACUAAUCAUAACAUACAUACAGUUAUGUACCUAAACCAGAUAACCAGAUCAAACUAUCAUCAUACUAACAUGUUUAGUUUUUGUUAGAGUAAAAUCAUGCAGUGGAUCUUUUUUUGUGCUUCUUACACUUUAAAGGACAAGUGAAAUAAAUCAGUCUUUUCGUCCAU